UGCCGGUACCCCCUGGGAAUGUCGGGCGGGCACAUCCCCGAUGAGGACAUCUCAGCCUCCAGCCACUGGUCUGAGUCCACAGCCGCCAAGUACGGACGGGGAGUGCUGGACUCGGAGGAUGGUGAUGGUGCUUGGUGUCCCGAGAUCCCAGUAGAGCCUGAUGACCUGAAGGAGUUCCUGCAGAUCGACCUGCGCGCUCUGCACUUCAUCACACUGGUGGGCACCCAGGGACGCCACGCCGGGGGCCAUGGUAAUGAGUUUGCCCCCAUGUAUAAGAUCAACUACAGCCGGGAUGGCACCCGCUGGAUCUCCUGGAGGAACCGGCAUGGGAAGCAGGUGCUGGAUGGAAACACCAACCCCUAUGACAUCGUCCUCAAGGACUUGGAGCCACCCCUCAUUGCCCGCUUUGUCCGCUUCAUCCCUGUCACUGACCACUCCAUGAACGUCUGCCUGCGUGUGGAGCUGUACGGCUGUGUCUGGUUGGAUGGUCUGGUGUCCUACAACGCGCCAGCUGGACAGCAGCUCAUCCUUCCUGGAGGCACCAUCAUCUACCUGAACGACUCGGUGUAUGAUGGGGCGUUUGGGUACAGCAUGACAGAGGGCCUGGGCCAGCUGACAGAUGGGGUGUCGGGGCUGGACGACUUCACGCAGACCCACGAGUACCACGUGUGGCCGGGCUAUGACUACGUCGGCUGGCGCAACGAGAGCACCGCUGGCGGCUACGUGGAGAUCACCUUCGAGUUCGACCGCAUCAGGAACUUCACCGCCAUGAAGGUCCACUGCAACAACAUGUUCGCCAAAGGGGUGAAGAUCUUCAAGGAGGUGCAGUGCUACUUCCGCUCCGAUGCCAGCGAGUGGGAGCCCAGCGCCAUCUCCUCGGUGCUGGUGCUGGACGACGUGAACCCCAGUGCCCGCUUUGUCACCGUGCCUCUGUUCCACCGCAUGGCCAGUGCCAUCAAGUGCCAGUACUACUUCGCUGACUCCUGGAUGAUGUUCAGCGAGAUCACCUUCCAGUCAGACGCAGCCAUGUACAACAACUCAAUGCCCCCACCUGAGGUACCCAUGAUCCCCACCACUUACGAUCCCACGCUCAAGGUGGACGACAGCAACACACGCAUCCUGAUCGGGUGCCUGGUGGCGAUCAUCUUCAUCCUGGUGGCCAUCAUUGUCAUCAUACUGUGGCGGCAGUUCUGGCAGAAGAUGCUGGAGAAGGCGUCACGGAGGAUGCUGGAUGAUGAGAUGACGGUCAGCCUCUCCCUGCCCAGCGAAUCCAGCAUGUUCAACCACAACCGCUCCUCCUCCUCCAGCGAGCAGGAGUCCAGCUCCACCUAUGACCGCAUAUUCCCCCUGGGUCCUGACUACCAGGAGCCCUCCCGCCUGAUCCGCAAGCUGCCCGAGUUCACCCCAGGGGAGGAGGACACGGGCUGCAGCGGCCCCGUGAAGCCGUCCCAGGCCAGCGUACCCGAGGGCGUCCCCCACUACGCCGAAGCCGACAUCGUGAACCUGCAGGGCGUGACGGGCGGCAACACCUACUCGGUGCCGGCCCUCACCAUGGACCUGCUCUCUGGCAAGGAUGUGGCUGUCGAGGAGUUCCCAAGGAAGCUGCUGACCUUCAAGGAGAAGCUAGGGGAAGGCCAGUUUGGGGAGGUUCAUCUCUGUGAAGUGGAGGGGAUGGAGAAGUUCACAGGCAAGGACUUUGCCCUGGAGGGCUUGGACACCAGCUCCAAUUGCCCCAUGCUUGUGGCUGUGAAGAUGCUGCGAGCAGAUGCCAACAAGAACGCCAGGAAUGAUUUUCUGAAGGAAAUCAAGAUCAUGUCACGGCUGAAGGACCCCAACAUCAUCCGACUGCUGGCAGUGUGCAUCGCAGAUGACCCGCUGUGCAUGAUCACCGAGUACAUGGAGAACGGUGACCUCAACCAGUUCCUGUCCCGACAGCAUGCCGGCAGCCUCCCCGCCGGCCAUGCGCCCACUGUCAGCUACAGAGACCUCCGGUUCAUGGCCACGCAGAUCGCCUCUGGCAUGAAGUACCUCUCCUCCCUCAACUUCGUGCACCGAGACCUGGCCACGCGCAACUGCCUGGUGGGGAGGCAGUACACCAUCAAGAUAGCUGACUUUGGCAUGAGCAGGAACCUCUACAGUGGGGACUACUACCGCAUCCAGGGCCGGGCUGUGCUCCCCAUCCGCUGGAUGUCCUGGGAGAGCAUCCUGCUGGGCAAGUUCACGACAGCCAGUGACGUGUGGGCGUUUGGCGUGACGCUGUGGGAGACCUUCACGCUCUGCCGGGAGCAGCCCUACUCCCAGCUCUCCGACGAGCAGGUCAUCGAAAACACUGGCGAGUUUUUCCGGAACCAGGGCCGGCAGACCUACCUUCCCCAGCCUGCUCUCUGCCCUGACUCAGUCUAUAAGCUAAUGCUCAGCUGCUGGAGACGGGACACUAAAGAGCGACCCUCUUUCCAGGACAUCCACCGCCUUCUCCAAGAGUCAGCCAGUGAAGAAUGACCCUCUGUUCCCCCUAGCCCGGUCCCCAGCCCUCCCUGUCCCCAGAGGAGCCCCAUAAGCAAGCUGAAGCCACUUCACUUGGACUUAGCAAUCAAGCCCGGGCAGCUGGUCUUGUUCUCAUUGUACAGUGAAGCCUCAGAGAAAACCCCAAGGACAGCAAGAGGAGCCACAGUGUGGGACGGCUUGAACCUCCCACUCCCUUGCUGACCCUAGCCCAGGAGCGACACGGUCUGAGACGAGGGUUAUUUAUUGAUGCAGUGUGUU